CCCCGGCCGGCGGCGGGCAAGGAUGAUGAAAGUCACACAGAAUCAAAGCUUCAGCAUGAGCAAGAUAAAUCAAACUCCCUUCCCAUUCCUUCAGUUUCCAAGCGAAUUGUGCUUGGUGAUUCUGUCUGUAACAUGGCAGGAACGGCUGACCAUGCAGGCAGCAUGGUAGACCUCAAAGGGGAUAAGGACUUGUUCAGUAAAACUCCAGAGCUUGUCAAUGAGGGUACAAGUGAGCUCCGUCACCGUAACAGAGGGGAACUGCCAUCUGAAGCUGCACCACGGCCAUCUAGACAUGGAUUAGAGCAGUACUUAUCCAGAUUCGAUGAAGCUCUGAAGCUGAGGAACCAGCUGAUGAAUGAGAAGCCAAGCCAAGAGAAUGGGAAUGCAGUGGAGGAGUUUGACUCUUUCCGCAUUUUUAGAUUGGUGGGAUGUGCUCUGCUUGCCAUCGCAGUCAGGGCUUUUGUGUGCAAGUACUUGUCAAUAUUUGCACCAUUUCUUACUCUACAACUUGCUUACAUGGGACUGUCCAAGUACUUUCCAAAGUGUGAGAAGAAGGUGAAAACGACAGUAUUGACUGCUGCUCUUUUACUGUCUGGAAUCCCUGCAGAAGUGAUUAGUCGCUCCAUGGACACCUACAGCAAAAUGGGAGAUGUUUUCACAGACCUUUGUGUCUAUUUCUUUACGUUUAUCUUUUGCCAUGAACUUACUCUGUUUUUUGGUUCCGAAGUACCAUGAAGGCUGUAGAAUUCAAUGCAGUAGUUACACUAAAGCUUUCUGGACUGCAUUCCUUUAAUGUCUGACUGUGCAGACAGGUUUAAACCUUCGUUAAAUUCUUACCUGUUCAAAUGCUUGAAAGGAUCCUUAAAUCCAGUCAUUUUGGGAAAGGAAGAGCAGGAUCCCAGACUGCCAGUUGUAUUGGUUCAGUUUAUUUAAAUGCUGUGUCUGCCUGUUACAAAUGUGAAGAAUAGGAUGCAAGUGUCAGUGGAUGAUUUGUUUGCUUUAGUUAGAUGAUGCCCUUCUCGGCCUCCUUCAUAAACAUUCACAAAGCUGCCUUUGUUCUUUUCAGUGAGAACAAAGAGAAGAGAAUUCCUUUCAGCAGAACCAUAUAUAUAUAUAUGUAUCUCCACUAUGACUAUAGCUAA